AUGUAUGUGAAAUGGUUUGAUACAGUAAUGUUUUACUAUGUUAUUUUAGUGAAUUUAGUGAAUGUCACUUUUUGUCAUUUUCAAAUUUUCUGCCGUUCCGUCCCCCGUACAUCCCGAUGCUCCCAGGGAAAGAAACCCAGAUGACAGAUACCCGGCAUCCGCCAGAGGAAAUCGCCGGGGACACUGCAGGAGGGACAUCACAGGAGUGCAGGACAAGGUAAGAGAAGAACAGAUCCCGGAGCAGAGCCGCAUGGUAAGCCCGAGUGUAGCUCAGGGUUACCGCUUAUGCUACACUCGGGAAUACCACCAGUGACGCUACG